AGAGAGAGAGAGAGAGAGAGAGAGAGAGAGAAACAUUGUUGAGACACAUCAGUUGGUUGCCUCCUGCACCCACCCCAACAGGCUUGGAGAUUAAACCUGCAGCCCAGGUACUUGUCCUUGACUGUGUCCUCUACUAGGAACAAACUCGAGACUCUGGUGCACAGGCCGACACUCAAACCACUGAGCAACACCAGUGAGGACAGCCUCCUCUCUUUAAAGUCACUCUAGUGACCCUUUUGGAGAUUGUUUUUCAUCCCCACACCUUCCCCUCCCUAGAAAGUUGUCCCCACUGUGGCAAAGUGGGUAAAGUAUCAUGAACAGGGGGUAGUCUCCUGCCUCUCAUGCCUUAGGAUGUUUCUCCUUCCCAGACUUCUUUCCUUCUGAUUUAUUGUACAGUAUUUCAUAGCCAUUUACCCAUUCUCUCUCUCUCUCUCUCUCUCUCUCUCUCUCUCUCUCUCUCACACACACACACACACACACACACACACACACGCACUCAAGUUUCAAAGGAUGAGUUUGUUUUUAGUGAAUGGAACCCCAGCCCCCUACUUCCUUAAUUGGGUUUGAAUAAAACAUGUCUUGGUGGUACUGGGACAGAGGGUUUCCGCUUUCCCAGGACCAUAGAACGGGCCAGCUGGAAGUUUUGAUGUGCCGGUCCCGUAGCCAAAACUGGAAGAAACUUCGGAGGCCAGGCAAGACAGGAACCUGAUGGGAGUACUGAGGGAUCGGGAAUGAAAAUAGAUGCGGUUAACAUUUGAUAAAGUGGACUCUUGUGAAUAUUAACUGCGGACAUUCAUUCACUGUUGCAUUGUACGAAGUCUUUGAAGUGUAAUUAAAAGUUUGUAUUAAGCCCUAAGCUUUUGGCUGGCGCUUAUUUUACCGGCCUGUGGAUAAGGACUAAAGCGCGCUACACCGUCCUCACCUGUGCACCACCCUCAGCUUCCGGCAGUUUCCCCGCCCCCGUCGGCGACUCGGUGAUGGACAUUCCGCUACUUCCAAUCGGACGCGCCCAAUGCCGGGAGCGGCCAAUCGGGGGCUUCGGUGGGCGGGACAUCCGGGCCGUUAUAUUUGGCGGUUCCAGUUUAACAUGGCCGAAGCAAGCAGCGCCAGUGUUGGCAGCGGCUGUGAGGAAAAAGGGCCUGAGGGGUCGUCCCCCGAACCCGGGUACCCUGACGCUGCCAUUUCGAGGGUAAAGCUUCUCGACACCACAGUGGAUACUUUUCUCCAGAAGCUGGUCGCCGCUGGGAGCUACCAGAGAUUCUCCGACUGCUAUAAGCGCUUCUACCAGCUGCAGCCUGAGAUGACACAGCGAAUCUAUGACAAGUUCAUAACACAGCUGCAGACAUCUAUCAGGGAGGAAAUCUCCGAAAUCAAAGCAGAGGGGAACCUGGAAGCUGUCCUGACUGCCUUGGACACCAUUGUGGAGGAAGGCAAAGGCCGGAAGGAGCCAGCCUGGCGCCCGAGUGGGGUCCCAGAGAAAGACCUGCGCAGCACCACGGGGCCCUGCCUCCUGCAGCAGCGGGACGCCCUGCGGCGCCGGGUGCAGAAGCAGGAGGCCGAGAACAGGCAGCUGGCCGAGGCCGUGCUGGCCGGGCGCAGGCAGGUGGAGGAGCUGCAGCUGCAGGGCCAGGCGCAGUGGCAGGCCUGGCAGGCCCUGCACCGAGGACAGAAGGAGCUGGUGGCCAUGCUGAGGGAGCCGGAGUGAGGGAGCUGCCUCUGAGCACAGCUGCUGCCGUGUUGCCUCGGCCUGAGCGAUGAUGGAAUCUGCUGGGGGACGAGGGGUGAGCGUCCCCACUGCCACUGCAUCUGAGGAACCUGUUUCUUCCAGCUUGAGGAUGCUUGGCCAGAUCCCCCCGGACUCAGACACCGUGCCUCUCCCACCACACCACACAGGCCUGCGCUGCCUUACCCCCCAGGACCUGGCCGGGAAAUCUGUUUCCAAUCUCCACUGAUUGCCCCUUUGCUGGCCAGCUGAGGCCGUGCCAUGUCUCCACAUCCGCAAAUAAACUUCCUCCGCUGCACUGUAA